GGUGGUGGGAACUAGACCCAGCCUGCGAUAGGGCAACAUGGAACUAAAAUCCUAAGGCUUUUAUUUAGAUAAAUGUAUGACUCUGGGUAUACAUAUUGAAUGGUUUCAGGUCACACCAGGCUGGUUAGGAGACCAGUAGUGGACAGUAACCGGAGGCCUGACCAAUCAGUUCCAUCUCUCUACUUCCAGGUGGACCAUGACGUGAGCAGUAACUAUGGUAACUGGCUUUACAGCGCGGGGAUAGGAAAUGACCCAAGAGAGAACAGGAAGUUCAACAUGAUCAAACAAGGACUCGACUACGACAACAACGGGGACUAUGUUAGACACUGGAUCCCAGAGCUCAAGGGGAUCAGAGGGGGGGAGGUCCACGCACCAUGGACCCUUAGCUCCGCCUCCCUGUCUCACGCACGGGUGUCCCUCAACGACACAUACCCUUCCCCCAUUGUCAUGGCGCCAGAAUGGAGUCGCCACACCAACAAGAAGCCGACUGGUGCUGGGCCCUCGGCCAGAGGAAAGACUGGUCCAUCCCACACCCCUAAACAACACAAGGACAGAGGAAUAGACUUCUACUUCUCCAAGAGCAAGAACUUCUGAUGGAGCAGACUGACUGAAAAGACUGAAAGAACUGUUAGGCUUCCGUAAGGAAAUGGUUUGACACAUCCCCGCUUUGUAUGGGUGGAUGGUUUGACACAUCCCCGCUUUGAAUGGGUGGAUGGUUUGACCCAUCCCGCUUUGUAUGGGUGGAUGGUUUGACACAUCCCCGCAUUGUACGGGUGGACGGUUUGACACAUCCCCGCUUUGUAUGGGUGGAUGGUUUGACCCAUCCCCGCUUUGUAUGGGUGGAUGGUUUGACCCAUCCCCGCUUUGUAUGGGUGGAUGGUUUGACCCAUCCCGCUUUGUAUGGGUGGAUGGUUUGACCCAUCCCCCCUUUGUAUGGGUGGAUGGUUUGACCCAUCCCCGCUUUGUAUGGGGUGGAUGGUUUGACCCAUCCCCGCUUUGUACAGGUGGAUGGUUUGACCCAUCCCUCUUUGUACAGGUGGAUGGUUUGACCCAUCCCCGCUUUGUACGGGGGGAUGAGUGUGUGACAUUUGGUUUUGAGAAGGUACUGCUGAGUGGGUGGGGUGAUAAGACAACUCUUUUGUUUCCGUUUUAUAUUGCCACUGUUUUUAUGUUUCACAUGUUUCAUAUGUUUUAUCAAUUUCUAUUGACUUGUUACUUCACAGAACCAUUUGAGGUAGUACCUGUAUUGGUUGUUUUUUACUCUCUACAAAAGCAGCCAUAUCUUUAUAAUAAUUCAUAAUAAACAUGUUGAUGCUGGUC